AUGGCUGUUCUGACAAGCUCGUCGAUUCCUUCGGGAUCACAAUCAGGAUCAUCCUCCCACGACUCUGGCCCGUCCACGGUCCCCUUCCGUGCCUCUUCGGUGCCCAAGUCACGCAAAGAGAAAGCAGCGUCGGCGGCGCAGCAUCCAUCGCCUAGCCCGACUGCCUCAUCUUACUCGACGUGGCUUCUUCUCGACGCAGACGAACAUGCACUGCCCUUUCUCCGCACGUUUCACCCAAGCUCUUCAAAGCAGAGACGCCUUGCAAAUGGCGCCUCGUCGCCUGCCGCACGGAGUUCGGAGAAACUCACCGAGUCCACCAACACUGCCUCUACUAGGUCAGCCUCGGCCAGCUCGAAAGUGCGCUCCCAGGCGAGUAAGUACGAACAUGGUCUCGCGUCCUCUUCCGCAGCAAGCGAGGUGGUCGACAACGAAAAAGACAGGAGAAUGUCACUGCAGAACCAAGGUAGCAGCGCUACCAGCAGCGGCAAGCGAGGCUUCAUGUCUCGUCUGAGAGCGGCUGGUGGCAGUGUGUCCGGUGCACAUGUGUUUCAACCACCAUCGACUGCAAUGACCACUUCGGGGAGCUGGUCGAUAGUCGAACCUCCGGCACAUAUCAAGGAGCUUCCGGAUGUGCGUGGACCAACGCGCACAGUACACCUCGCCUUCACGACUUGCGCCGACGAAAACGCAGUUGUUCAGGCGAACGGGCUGGUGGGUAGAGCAUCGUCAUUGCUGCCGCCAAGUCCAACGUCGGUACAAACAGUGUCGAAUGAGACCGUUCACUCGACACGUCUGGAUGUCGCAGGCUUAGCGAGCCUCGUCUCAACGACAAACGUGGAAGCCAUCUACAUCGGAUCCGCACGAUCCACAUCUGGCAAAGAAGCAAUGAGGCCAUACCUGGACGCUCUGUUGGCUCCUGCAAGCACCACCUUGAAGCUUGUCAUCUUCGAGCCGACAGUAGUGCGCCAGCUGACUCCGGAAGAUGCAUCGGCGCUGUACGAUGCGGCGCAACGUCGCAACAUUGCACUUUUGCUUCCAACACGAUGGACGUCACUAUGGACGACGAGCGUCGAAGAGACCCUCCUCGGACUCGAAAUUUUGCAGGACCUGCACGAGGAACGCGACCAAGGACAGGAAGCAUCUGGGUCAUCCACCGCAAACGGCGAUGCGGAUGUCAGUGUGGACAAGAGCUUUGACGUCAGCAUGUCGAAUAUUCCGACAGGACUGUCGGGCGAAGGCCUGGGCCAGGCAGCAGAAUUAGGAACGCUCAGAACGCAGAUCGAACAGCUCAAAAGGGACUUGGCAAGUCGGGAGAGGAGAAACCUUGAGCUCGCGAAGCACAUUGAACAACAGGACAAAGAGCUGCAAGAGCAUAAAACAAAGACAGAGGCGUUGGAGUCGAGAUUGAAGCCCGUCUCUUCUGCGCUAGCGGAGCCAACCACACCGUCGCGCUCGGCUGCUGCUGCAAGUCAAGCCGUAACGCCCGACACGCAGACGCAGUCUGGAGCAGUGCCCGUCAGAGACGCCGCUGCCAUCACCGAUCGCACGCCUAGCUCUCAGCUCAACCCAACGCCAGCCACCCAUCUCGCCUCCGGUUCGUCUCCAUCGCCGUCACUGCCUGUACCGAGCACGUCUCAGCAAUUGGCAGCUGCCAUCGCUUCCCCCUCUGACACUACCUCAGCCGCCACGGAUCCGUCGCUUGCACCAGCUGCACCGAUUACCCCUGACCUAUCUUCUCCGUCUCGCCUACCCGUCAGCCCCCAUUCACCCACUGCAUCGCCAAACUCUUCGCGCUCAUCCUCCAAAGUAAUCGCCUCACUCACCAACGAGCUCUCCGAAACGAAAGCGCUGCUCGAGGCAACACGUGUGGCGCUCAACACGGUCAGAACCCAGUCUGCUUCCUACCAAGCAGCAGCAGACGAGAUGCGAUCCACACUGUCGCGUGCCAGACUGGAGAACGAUAGCUCCGUAACGAUACUCGCGCGCAAGGAUCGACAAGUCUCGGAAGCUCUGGAGCGAGCGCGCAAAGCCGAGGGGGAGGCAAAAGAAUUAGGACGAGCAUCUCGAGAAUGGGGUACAAGGAUUCGCGAAGUGGAAGAGGAGCUAGGAAAGGAAAGGAUGAAACGCAGUCGGGCUGAACAGCAGUACGAAACCUUGGGAAGCGAGUGGAAGGUCGCUCGCUCACGACUCAUCGAAGAAGUGCGCCAGUUGCGCGAGGAACAUCGAAAAGCCGUAGACGGACUCAAAGACGAAUACGCAAAAGUGUUGGUAUUCAAGCAAGAUCUCGUCAAAGAAUCCUCCCUCCUCACCACCUCCUCCGAAGGCGACACCGUAGUCGCACCCACCAAACUCAUCUCCCAACUCUCCCAACUAAACGACCAAAUGACAUCCUACAUCAACUCGCAACUCCAACCGCUCCUCACCCAACUCACCAAAUUCGAGAAGCGCGAAAACACAGAGGUCAUCCAGAAGCUCCAGUACCUCACCGACGAGCUCACCAGGAUCAAAACGCUCAUGCGCAGAGGCGACAUCACCGACGCCAAACAGGUUCCCCCCGGUCCGUUGUAA